CACUUCCGUUUUCCCGGAGCCAACAUGGCGGAAUACGACCUCACUACCAGCAUUGCCCACUUUUUAGAUCGUCAUCUUGUUUUUCCUCUGCUGGAGUUCCUGUCUGUCAAAGAGAUCUACAAUGAGCAGGAGCUGCUUCAUGGAAAGCUGGACCUCCUCAGCGACACAAACAUGGUGGACUUUGCCAUGGAUGUCCACAAAAACCUGUUUCCUGAUAAGGAAAUCCCACAUACUCUGAGGGAGAAAAGGACCGAGGUGGUGGCUCAGCUGAAGCAGCUUCAGUCCGAGACCGAACCCAUCGUGAAAAUGUUCGAGGACCCGGAGACGACGAGGCAGAUGCAGUCGACCAGGGAUGGACGAAUGCUCUUUGACUAUUUGGCAGACAAACAUAACUUUCGUCAGGAGUAUUUGGACACGCUGUACCGAUACGCCAAGUUCCAGUACGAGUGUGGAAACUACUCUGGUGCAGCUGAAUACCUCUACUUCUUCCGUGUCCUGGUUCCAUCUACAGACAGAAAUGCUCUGAGUUCUCUGUGGGGGAAACUGGCCUCUGAGAUCCUGAUGCAGAACUGGGAGGCAGCCAUGGAGGACCUGACCCGCCUGAGGGAGACUAUCGAUAACAACUCUGUCAGCUCCCCUCUCCAGUCUCUUCAGCAGAGGACGUGGCUCAUUCACUGGUCUCUGUUCGUGUUCUUCAACCACCCCAAGGGCAGAGACAACAUCAUUGAGCUGUUUCUGUAUCAGCCUCAAUACCUCAAUGCGAUCCAGACUAUGUGCCCCCACAUCUUGCGUUACCUAACCACCGCGGUUAUUACAAACAAGGACGUCCGUAAGCGCCGGCAGGUUCUGAAGGAUUUGGUAAAGGUCAUACAGCAGGAGUCUUACACCUACAAAGACCCGAUCACAGAGUUCGUGGAAUGCCUCUACGUGAACUUUGAUUUCGACGGCGCUCAGAAGAAACUCCGGGAGUGUGAAUCAGUUCUAGUGAAUGAUUUCUUCCUGGUCGCCUGUCUGGAGGACUUCAUUGAGAAUGCCCGACUCUUCAUCUUUGAGACCUUCUGCAGAAUUCACCAGUGCAUUAGCAUCAGGAUGUUGGCGGACAAACUCAACAUGUCCCCUGAAGAAGCCGAGCGUUGGAUCGUCAACCUGAUCCGCAACGCCAGGCUGGAUGCCAAGAUCGACUCCAAACUGGGUCAUGUGGUCAUGGGGAACAACGCCAUCUCACCGUACCAACAGGUGAUCGAAAAGACCAAGAGCCUGUCGUUCCGCAGCCAAAUGUUGGCCAUGAACAUCGAGAAGAAGCAGGCGUCCAGCGGCAGGACAGAGACUCCAAACUGGGCCGGUCAGGAAACAGGAUUUUAGCAACGCCACGGAAGACAAAUGCAUCCGACUCAUUGUGUUACAUCAUUUUUUCCACACUUGUUUCUCUGACUGGACCGGUACCAUUUUGUACUCGGGUCAAAGUAAGUCAUCAGCGAUUUCAAUAAAAGUGACCAACAAAACCA